AACAAUUGCAAAAAUUCUAACAGUUUCCUAUCAGUUUUAUGCUAGUUUCUUAUUAUGUACCUCAUUCAUUUGGGACCUGAGUAACUUCUUUUCUUAUUUUUACACCUUCAGGUUCUCAUAGUGCUCAAAAGUUUUACGUUCAAUCAGUUUCCAACCAUGGUGGAAACAUAAUGAACAAAUUAAUCCUUCAUAAUCCGACCUCCAAAUUCCGCCAUUUCGGGCGUCUCCACCGCCACACAACCACUCCUUCCACCGCCACUGCCUUAUCCGAGGCUAACCCUCUUCACAUUCUAUGGCAUUACCAAAUCCUCGACCCGGACAGCGAUAUUGUCACGUACUGGAACUACAUUUUCCUUAUCACCUCUAUCAUCGCGCUUUUUAUCGACCCUCUUUUUUUCUUCCUCCCCUAUGCAGACACCGAUGGCGUUUGCUUGACCAACGACAACAGCCUUGCCGUGUUGAUCACGUAUUUUCGCUCUUUCGCGGACUUGUUCUUCGUUUUCCAUAUCAUCAUGAAGUUUCGUACCGCUUUUGUUGCUCCGAAUUCUAGAGUUUUUGGACGUGGCGAACUUGUUAUGGAUGCUAAGGAAAUCGCUCGGCGUUAUCUUAAGUCUGAUUUCGUUAUCGAUUUAGCAGCCGCGCUUCCUCUUCCUCAGAUUGUGAUUUGGUUGGUAAUUCCAGCUACAAGAAAUGGAAGGGCUGAUCAUGCAAACAAUACGCUCUCUCUGAUUGUAUUAACUCAAUAUAUUCCAAGGCUUUUCGUUAUCUUUCCGUUGCAUCAACGAAUUGUUAAAAGUACAGGGUUUAUAGCUAAAACUGCCUGGGCCGGAGCAGCAUAUAAUCUGCUUCUUUACAUGCUUGCUAGUCAUACAUUAGGAUCUUCAUGGUAUUUGUUGUCGUUGGGGCGACAGUUUUACUGUUGGAAAUCGGAGUGUUCGAAGGAGAAUAAGUCUGGAUUUAUUGGUUGCAUUGACAGUUUUCUAGAUUGCAACAGUUUGGAAGAACAUGAACGUCAAUAUUGGAGGAAUGUUACUCAUGUUCAUAGCAAUUGUAAUCCAUAUAACACCAAUAUCACAUUUCAGUUUGGAAUAUUUGCCGGUGCUUUUACAAAUGAUGUUGCUGCCUCGCCUUUUGUUGAGAAGUAUUUGUACUGUCUCUGGUGGGGAUUAAGAAAUCUGAGCUCGUAUGCACAGACUUUGGAGACGAGCACAUUUCUGGGUGAGAAUCUAUUCUGCAUUGUCACUUGCAUUCUCGGUUUGGUUCUCUCCGCACAGUUGAUUGGCAACAUGCAGACUAAUCUGCAAUCUAUGACGGUAAGAGUUGAAGAGUGGAGGAUUAAGCGCAGAGAUACAGAAGAGUGGAUGAGGCAUCGCCAAUUACCUCCGGAUUUGCAGGAGCGAAUUCGUCGGUUUGUUCAGUAUAAGUGGCUUGCUACAAGAGGAGUUCAUGAAGACUCUAUAUUGCGCUCACUGCCACUGGACCUUCGACGAGAAAUCCAGCAACAUUUAUGUCUUGCCCUCGUUCGUCGUGUUCCAUUCUUCUCACAAAUGGAUGGCCAGCUACUCGAUGCUAUAUGUGAACGCCUUGUUUCCUGUUUGAGCACUGAGGGCACCUACAUAGUUUCAGAGGGUGAUCCUGUAAAUGAGAUGUUAUUUGUAAUUCGAGGAACAUUAGAGAGCUCUACUACGAAUGGAGGAAGGUCCGGAUUCUUCAAUUCCAUCACCCUUAGACCAGGGGAUUUCUGCGGCGAGGAGUUACUGACGUGGGCGCUAAUGCCCAAUGCUGGUGGACACCUGCCUUCUUCAACUAGAACUGUCAAAGCACUUUCUGAAGUUGAAGCUUUCGCACUUGAAGCUGGAGAUCUAAUCUUCGUCGCGCAGCAAUUUAAGAGACUUCAGAGCAAAAAGCUGCAGCAUGCGUUUAGGUACUAUUCGCAUCAAUGGAGAACAUGGGGUGCUUGUUUGAUUCAAUCUAUUUGGAGAAGGCAUCAGAAAAGAAAGAUGGCAAGGGAGUUGGCUUCAAGAGAGAGCCUUUCGUACUAUCCGAGUCCUGAUCAGGACGGGUAUUACUCUAGCAAUGAGCUGAUCGAAGGAGAUUACGACGAAGAACACAAAGAAGGACUAUCAAUGGAAAGUCCAAACAAAGCACAGCAGCUUGGAGCCACAAUCUUGGCUUCAAAAUUUGCUGCAAAUACUAGAAAAGGGAGUCAUCAGAAAGUUGUUGAUUCUUCUGCUUCCAGUUUAAAGAUGCCAAAGUUGUUUAAACCCGAGGAGCCUGAUUUCUCUAUGAACCAUGGUGAUGAUGUUUAGUUAGAACAAAAUUACUAAUUGAACAGAAAUUCAAAUGUUAUGAGAUAAUUAGAAAUUAGAUAGGAGCUUGUGUAGUAAUAUAAUGUAAAUUUAUAGUCCUAGACUAACAUUUGGUUUAUCAUAAAUUAUUUUUCAUUAUGAUGUUAACUGCUGAGUAAAUUUCUAAUGCUAC